UGAAUAUGCGAGAUCGUUGCACGGAUUGAAGGUCACGACAAUAUCCUCAAAAUAUUUUCCAACAGGAAACGGUCUUGAUGUUAUGUCGUCUAUAAAAUACCAUAGCAGUGUUGCAACAGCUCUCAAUGAUGCGUGGUAAUCCGAGGUCGUUUUUCCGCGCCGACCUUCUCGCUUAUUCGUCUGCGUGGGGACGGCAUCAUCGAAACCAAGAUUUUCCCGAUACCAGUUAGUUUUACUUACGAGUUAUGGCUGCUUUAGACAAUUUAUCACCCCGGUUGGAAACGGAGAAGCUUCAGCAUAAUUCAAGUAUGGACACAAUGUUUUGUUCAACACGUUUUCUUGUGUGGUCUUUGCGCUUAUCGCUUUUGGACUCUCCAGCUGAUAGCCGCUGUUGCACGUGAACAAAAUGUAGAUUAAUUUCUCAAUUUAGUCCACAGGCAGAUACAAGUAUUGAAGGACAAAAUUUCAGAUUUAAGCAGGACAAACUAUGAAUUGGAAAAAGAGGUUCGCUUCUUCGAUCAACGUAUUGGACUUCUCAUCAACCACAAAAAAGGGAUAGAAGUGAGUCGUCGUAAUUAACUAGUCAUGAGGAACAUUUGGCAGUCAGCUGCCGUAUGAAAGCCACCGUUGACUUCUCUAAUGAGCUUACUUGUACUCUCUCUUUCUCCCGGUGAUUUUUUUAGGAAUUGACUGAUUAUUUUGUUGAAGGAGAGAGGAGCUCGAAGUGCGGUAGGUUGUUGAUAUUAUACCACAACUGUACAUGUUAAUACUAUAUUUAUUAGAACACCUUUAGUUUAAUCGAACUUAUAAUAAGCGCGCGUGACUCGAAAUGAAAAUUCGAGUCCAUUACUUUGUCAGUUAGAAACUUAUUCGUGACUUGUGUCAUGCCCUCUCGCACAAGCUGCUGAGCCGUAAGAAAUUAAAGGAUUAAAAUUUCAAGGACAUGUUGCAAAUCCGUUAUCAUUUUCCAGGAGUAAGAAUGUAUUCUAUUUCCUUUUUGCGCACCACGAAACAGGAACGUAAAAACGACAAAAAAUUCAAGCUAAUUUCACUUUUCAAGCUCCAUUUUACAAUGCGUUUUUCAGCUAGAGUUAUUUCAGCUCUAUGCUAUCAUGCAUUUUUAAGUAGUUUUUAUUUUAUUUUUUGUUUUUUUUUUUCUGGAAGAUGGCCUUGUAUUGUUUUCAUUUUUAUGGUUUUCGUUUUUCCUCUCGACUGCAACAGUGUAAGGUGUGACUCGAUAGAAUCAUAAUAAUUUUUUUUUCAUUUGAUACACGUGGGAACAGCCGAAGUGCUUGCGUUAAUAACAGGAGGUUUUAACAGAUAAACCACCGCUUGAUGUGUGUUUAGUCUGGCAGGGUAAAUGGUGCAAGAGUAGCCCUACUCAAGGUUUUCGAAUACUGAAUUGCUGUUCCUUUGUGCAUGGGAUUAGAAUGUUUCGUUGUGUUGUUCAUGUUUUGGCAAUUGCCGCACCGGAUGCAACAAUUUAUAAUGCAACAGCUACAGGCUUGAAAGGAAAGCGUUAUUCUCUUAUUGUUAUGUUAAUAUUAUCCAAGCUCUGUAACAUUUUCGUGGUCAGAUGUGACUGAUUUGUUAUUUCUCCUUACGUUAUCGUUGAAAUAUUCAGUAGACAGGUGAUAUGAAAAAGAGAAAUGCUGAAAGCAAUAAGUUUCUGGAUGAUUCUGACAACCGACUAUGAAAGAAAUACAUGCGGACAAAAAGAAUCAUUUUUCUUAACGUUUUUUUAGAGAAAUGAUUUUUAUUUUUCUAAAACUUCCCUGUGAUCAACUGUUUAAAAAAGGUGACUGGUAACUGGGUCUCAACUUUAAGAAAGGAAAAAAAUAUAAUUAGAUCAUUUUCUAAUUGUAUGUAUACAUUGUAAGUUGGUUAAUUUGCGAUGCAAAAUGCAAACUGAAAAGUUGUGUUUUGGAAGAGAUCAGAGGUCACAGUAGCAGGAUAGUUUUGGCACGAAACAUGUGUACGACUUCCUGCUUUGAAACUUAUGCUGUUUCUACACCCAUAAUUAAGUUGUUUAAGGGUUUUGUGACUUUGCCAAAGUAAGCUUGCACAAGAUCAUUUUUCACAGCAAGCACUCAUGCUUUUCUCAGAAAGGUACGUGACUCCUUCACAAAGAAAAGAUUGUUAUAAAGUAGCCAAAGAAUUCAGAAUAAAAGACCAAGGGCCUAUACACACUAGAAAAAAGGUUUUUCAUUUAAUAAACCAAUUUUCUGUUGUCACCAACACUUGACAAAUUUUGGCUGAAGCGGAAAUAUCUUCAGAUGCAAAACCAACAAAAUUCUUUGCAGGUAUAUAUUGAGCAGAUCAGGUGCUGGCUGAAUUUGACUGCUUUGAAAUUUUUAAUGCGGAUGUAACAGAGGAGACAAAAAUUUUUUAAGACAAAAUAUGUCCUUUGAUUUUGUUUUGACAAUCCUACUUUUGCCUGUUAGUGCUGAUAGACCAAACCUCUAAAGGUCUGUUUGAGGGAACAAUCAUUUAAGGUUUCAUUUCCUCAUUCCCUCAUGUAAUGAUAUUUAUAAAUAGUGAUUUUGUCAUUUAUAACAGGAUUUUCAUUUUUGCUGGUGCCAUUUUCAUUAUCCCUUAACUUCCAAGAUCUGAUUGUUAAUUUUCCACUCUUGUAACUAGACAUUUCCUUGUAAAUCAGUUACCAGAAUUUGGUUUUAGAUCAAGAUGACUUCUACCCAAUAAGUUUGUGUAUUCUCAUGGUCAGUUUUCUGGAUGAUGUAUUGAUAUUUUAAGGAGAAGUUACAUGUUUAUCACUUGUGCAAUUUGAAGGGGUUAUUUAGAUUAUAGUAUCUCUUAUGCUAAUGGUUUACUUUUCUUGCAGAAAAAAUAGAUAGUGAAACACAACAGCAGGUAUGUGAUUGAUUCAGAGAAGUUCACUUUAGGCCACAGAGAAGAAUUUUGUUGUUGUGUUUAGUAAUAAGCUGAGAGUUGGGGUGAUGGAACAGUUUCUCUUCAGUUUAAUGGUAGUUGACAGGCUGAUUGUAAUCCUUUGCUAAAUGUAGAUUGAUUAGUCUUUUUUCGGUCUGCAUACCUGGGGCACGAAAUUAAAUUAAAUACAAUUAGGGAUAGUAGUGCUAAUUUAAUAAAAUUUCAUUUGUGCCAUUAUUGACAUUUCCUUUUUGAACCUUAACCCUUAAACUCCCAUGAGCGACCAAGACAUAAUUUCUCCUUACAAAAUCAAUACAGUAACAACCAGAUAAGUGAUGAGAAUAAAGAAAAAUAUGAAUUAGGGGAUUAUAAGUUGAUCCAAUACCAAAUUCUAAAACUAACAUUUCAAGAACUGUACGGCAGACAGUAAGGAGAAUUACUAAUGAGAUUGUGGGAGUUAAAGGGUUAAUUUUCCUAAUACUCUUCUUAAUCAGGUUAACCAUUUUAGUCCAAUCCAUUCCGAACAAUGUAAAACCAAGAAAACAAUAUAGUGGUUGUAUUUUUCAGCUUGGUUAGAAAACUAUUGCUAUUAUUUAUCCUGAUUCUUUUUAAGGGAUACUGUAUGGUGAAAAAAUAUGAUAUUUUAAUGAGGAGUAUUUUUUCUCUUUUUCUUUACACAGAAAUAUGGCAAUCUGUUUUUCCUUCUUCAAACAGAAGCCUCCUAUCUAGCACAGCUUACAAGAAUUGUUUCACUUGAUGAGAUUGAUGGUAAGCACUAGAAAAUCAAACCGCUGGAAAUUGUUGUUUCACGCAAGGAGACAUGAAGCUGUGCCCUAAUGGAUUUGUAGACAGUUAGGCAACUAGUGUAUAACCAACAAAAUUUCUAAGUUAUCUUAGUGAUUGCUUUUUCUUUUAGACCUUUUACAGCCUGUCUUGUUCUCACUGUAUGGCAAUCAGUAUGAGCUUCGUGAGGAAUAUCUGUUACUUACUAUGUUCCAGGUAAGUGUCUUUGCUGUGCACAUGGUGAGGUACAAACCUCUCAUUAACUUUUUACAUCCGAACAUCAUGAUGCAUAUCCUCCAUACAGUUCUCUAUACAUUUCCUUAAGUGCUGAUGAGGAGAAUUUUUCUAACAAUCAAAAGUUCCUUUAGUUCCUUUUUACAUAUUCUCCAUACUGUUUUCUGUACAUUUCCUAAGGUGCUGAAAAGGAGAAUAUGUUUAAAAAUCAAGAGCUUCUUUAGUUGGUGAUCAUUUCCUUUAUUCUUGGGACCCUGAUGUGUGAUUCAGGGGUGAUACUGUAAGGAGAAAUUAGAUGCUGGUCACUCUCAGGGGUCAAAGGGUGAAUUGCGUGACUUUAUUGUGUAAAAUAAGGGGUGUUACUAUGAAGAGAAAUUAGAUGCUUGUCGCUCCUAGGAAUGAAAGGGUUAGCACAAUUAGAAUAACAUUUACCUUGAGAAAAUCAUUGGGUUUUAGGUCUUUACUGCAAGUUACACAUCAAAUUUUUUUUCACUCUGAUUUAAAAAACUGGGUUCUGUAACUUGCAGGACCAAGUUAAACACAAUAAUUAUUUAACUGGGUUUAAAAUGGAGUGGAAGAUUUCAUUUCAAACAAACUUUUGAAUUUAGCAGAUCACGGAAUGAAAUGCGGCCUGCUUAAUUGACCAAUUAUAGGACACAUACAAACUGAGAGAUAAAAUAAGAUCUGUUAUUCUCUUUAAGCUUGCUCUGAAGUAUGAAGUAAAUGAAUCUGAGACAUUUAACAGUCUUCUCCGGGCUAACACAGCUAUCACGCGAAUGAUGACAACAUAUACAAGGUGCAUAACCUCUGCAUAAAUCAUGCUGUAACUGAAUAUCAAACGAUGAUAAAUAAAUUUUUUUAAUGAUUAUUGCGAGUAUAAUUGUAAUUGUUUAAUCGUAUUUUAUGAAUAUCCAUUGACAUUUUCUUAUUAAUUUUGUUAAGCUUUCAAACAAGUUCAUCUUCUCAAAAUCAUAAGGAGAAUUAAAUGUCAUUACAUAGAUGACAGCCAUGCCAAGAGAUUACAUUUGUUAUCUCUUGUUUCAUGCUCAUUAUAUGACAGGUAGAUUGAGCAGGUUGCACAGAGAAUUGUUUUUCUUUCCCAAGCUUUUUAUGGUGAACUUUUGUUUGUUACCAAAAAUUUGAAGAAAUAUCACUCUUUGUGGCAAAAUGGUGUGAAGUGCAGGUGAGAAUCUUCCCACAAACUUCCAUAUGAAACUUCCAAAAAACAAUAAACAAAAUUUGGCGAUUUUCAUUUGCAUUAUUCUAGCACAAUACUGUAUAGAUACUUUUUUAAAAAUGUUUCUCUUUGUAUAGGAGAGGCCCAGGGCAGGAAUAUCUGAAGUCAACUCUAGGAGCUCUUGUCAGACAUGUUGUUGAUCAGGACCAUCUGCAACUUGAAAUCAACCCUCUUAAGGUUUGGGCUUUUGGCUUUAACACUUUAACACUCAAGAUCUCAUUAGUAAUUCUCCUUACCAUCUGCUGUACAAUUCUUCUGAUGUUACUUCUGAGAAUUUGGUAUUGGAUCAACUAAUAAUCCCCUAAUUGAUACUUUUCCUGGUUCUCAUCAUUUGUCUUCAUGAUUUUGUAUUGAUAUUGUAAGGAGAAAUUCUGUCUUGGUCACUCAUGGAAGUUAAAGGGUUAAUUAAACUGAAAAAAAUCCUAAAGAGCAAUAGAUAUCUCUGUAGAUAGUUACAGAUAAACCCAGUGUUAAGGGCAGAGCUCAUCAAGCCACAAGUUGCCAUGACAAGCAGCUUCUAAUGCACUGUUCUAAAAUGUAAGAUGGUGCCUCUCAAUUUUUUGCUAUAAUCAUGGGAGAAAAUAAAACUAAUUUGAAGGUGUGUAAUUGUUAUCCAGAGCAAAUUCUGCUUCUGUCACAAAUAUGUUGAAAAUAAUCUCCCUAUGUUUCACCAACUGUCAAAUGGGACUUGUCUAUGAAAUGGCAACCUGUUGUUGAGUGUCUUGCCACCUUACAGGGACCAUGUAGUUAUUUUUCUUGGACAAGGUUAACCUUACUCUGAUUAAUAUGAUCAAACUUUCAUUGCUUUGGUUGGCCAACAUUCUAUCCAGGAUAAAAGGUAGUAUUGUAUUGUAUUACUUGGUAGUGCAGGAAACUGGAUGCAUGUAGCUUCCAACAGAUACACUGAAUUCAAGAUUCAAAGGACUAUCCCUCUGUUUCAGGUUUAUGUUGAAAUUUAUGGGUCUCCUGUGAAUUUGUCUUUUGGACAAUUGACUAUGGAACGGGUAUGCUAAAUAUUUAUUGAAAUUUGUUUACUUAGUUUGAUUAAUUUAGUCAAAUAGCUUUAUUUACAGAUUUGUUGAUUUUUUUUUACUAUUUUGUUUCCUUAAUUUUGAAGACAUGUGUAAAGAGUAGUGGUUUUAAGUCAGAAUUAAAUGCUUCACUCAAAAGUUACCCCCUCCCAUCAAAGUAAAUCUCUCGACAAUAACUGCAUCCCCUCCCCUCCCCAUGGAAGAAAGAGCAUAUCUCGUUCAGCAGCAGUCUUUACUUGGUAACUGAGAGGAACAAUUCCCCCCAAAAAACCUGUUAUUUCCUGUUAUACUAUCUGGGAGGUAUAUUUGUCCCUUUGUUAUUACCUCUCUGUAAAAACAAGAUAAUAUAGAAUGCUACAAAAACAGCAACAAAGCUAAUUCUCAACUCAUUUCAAUCCCAUUUAUGUAUUCAAAUUUUCAGGCCUUGGAUGACCCAAGAGUGCAAGAGGUUAUACAAGAACAUAUCCUUUUUCUCGUUGUGAUUUAUAAAAAAACAACGGUUUUACAAGUAGUGUGGUGAUUGUUUUAGAAGGGUAAUAGAGUGUAACUUUCUGAAGAAAUUUGGACAGUUAAAUUUGAUGAUAUUCUAUACAAGCCUUUAGAAUUGGAUGGCAUCAACAAAAGUAACUUUAAGACGAGCAAUUAAAAAAAAUGCAGAAGAGAGAAAACUCAUUGCAGUUAAAUUAACUAGUGAAAUAGUUGCAAAUAAAAGAAAGGCCUUAAAAAUAUUAGGCAAGCAAAUGCACCAUGAUUCAUGUUUGCAGAAGAAACUUUUCCUUGACGUUAUCCAAGCAGUCGUUCGCUGAAAACAGUGGCAUCACAAUUUGUCUCUGCCAUCACAGGAUCGCUUCACACAGUUCCUUAUGGAAUAAGAUGGCUGUGUAGCACUAUUGUGUACCUUGUUAAAGUAAGUAAGGAUUUCCGUGUCAGAUUGCUUUUCUUUUGGAUUACCUUUGAUAAGGUCAACACCAGGGUAAUCACAACAGCCAGUCAGAGCAAUAGAAAAUAACACAAGGAGUCAGUAAGAAUGCAAAGUGAAAACAGGCAAACUACUGGAGGUGUAGGAAAUCACAAGCGAACAAACUGCAGCUUUUUUUAGUUAAGAGUGUGAGUGGAUCAGAGGGUGGAAAAAAGGUUUCCUAAGUUUCCUGCACCAGGUUGGAAAAGCCAAACCAAAGCAACCUUGAACUACUUUCGACAAUUGGAAAUAGUUCCUAGGUGACCUAAGUUUUCAAGGCCAAUUUCAGAGCAAAGUAAGGCAAAUUAAAACCAAGAUCGAUAUCGGAUAACUCAAUUGGUCUUUGAGCGCUUUUUGAUCGUGUCGUAAAACCCAAACCAGAGCACUCACAAAGAGCCAAUCAUAGCAAGGAAACUAUGACCAGGAGCCAAUGAGAACUUGAAGUAAAAACGAAACAGCCUAAAACGCGGGAAAACGCGACCGACAAAGUCGCGAUAGGUUUUAAUUUUUGAAUCUGAUUGGUUGAGAGAGUGGCACGAGUUUCUGGACCCAUUACAUGACGAAGAAAAGCCAGUCCAAAGCAAUCCAUUACUAGUGAUAAUUGCUCUAAAAUGGGCUCUGCAUUUGGGUCAAAUGUAUGCAAUUAUUGUUUCUUUCUUUGUUUUUUCUUUUUGCUUCCUUGUAGGAGAAGUAUCCAAAUGUAUCAGACACUAAUAUUGCCUCUCUUAUUGGCGGAUUUUUCCUGUUGAGGUUCUUGAAUCCAGCAAUAGUAACACCAAAUGGUAUUUGUAUAAGAAAUCCUGAUUUACUCUGCAUGUAUUUCUCGAGGACAGUGGAUGAAAACGAAACUUUAGAGGAUAAAAACAACAGCAGCAUAUACACAACAGAACUCGUACUUUUUUGCGUUACUCCUUGCGCGCGUGACUCGCACUUCGCGCUAGCUUGCCUCCGUUCGAUUGGAAAACGCCAAAAAAAUGCGUCUGUUAUGUAGGCUAGUAAUAAUGAGAUUGAUUGGAAGGACUUUUAAAAAGUUGUUACGGAAAUAAAUUCAUUUUACUCAAUGUCUUCCAACAUUACUUGUUAACUUAACCUUUUCUUCAAUCUUGCUUCUUUCUUACAUAUUUUCAUUGUCUGAUGAUCAUGUAUCUCCUGACAUAUUUAUAAUAUGUGUUUUCAGCUUACAUGCUUGUCAAUAAACCUGCAAGUCAGUGUGCACGAAGAAAUCUAACCUUGGUACGUAAUCUUAGAGUCUGUUUCAUCUCUAAGGGAAGAAUCUUAAUUAACAGUAGUGUUAUAAAACAUGAUAAAAGAUUUACUUGUCAGAGUUACUGCAUCUAGGCAGUUAGGAAAGCCGCAAAACUCUAGAACAAAAGUAUAUCUCUUAAUUCCUACGGUACCAACGAACGCUUUCCGCCAUGUUCUCAACAAUUGCCUGACUCCAUCUUUCUGUAUUUAAACCACACACCACCCAGAAUUCCUCUAUUUGGUCUGACGCAGAGCUAACGCUUGAAACAUCAGCAUCAGAAACUGUUACUGUUAUUACUUGGUUUCCCAGCAAUCAAGCCAAAAUUGACCAAAGCUGACUUUCUACAUUGAUCUGCAGAUUGCAAAACUAUUACAAAGCAUGGCUAACCCUCAUGCCGUGAAGAAUCAUUUCAAAGAGGAAUAUAUGCAACCUUUACAGUCAUUUGCUACGGAACAUGUUGACGAUGUACAGGUAUGGUCCCCCUGCUUGAAGUUAGAGGGAAACAUUACUACGCUUAAUGUCUCUAAAUUCUUUAGCAUUUGGGAGACUAAGAUUGUUUCUUUUUUUUUUAUCUCAAUUAAAACCAUAUCGUCUUCUCUUUUUGGGCACAUUUUCCUAUCUUUAAUAAAUGAGUUUUGAAAACAUUGGAGUUUGGUAAGGAAAGGAAGGCAAGAAUUUGUCCUUUGAUGUAUGUGGUCAAAGUACUCUUUGGAACGAGUCAAGGCAGAUUGAUUUUUUUUAUUAUUAUUGUUAUUUAUUGGUGGUUUUUUUCUUCGUCUUUCAUUUAUUUGUCUAGUAGUUUGUUUUUUUCUCCUUCGUUUCCGGAAACAGUUAGUUAUGACUCAGUUAUGUUAGUUAGUUAAUUGCAAUUGUUACUCUCAGUUCUCUGAAGGUAUUUCAAAACUGCUGUAUAUGAAAUGACAAUGAAAACUGUCACUUUAAUUUCAGGAUUUUUUGAUGAAAUUAUUUAAAUUCAAUGAGAUAACUGAUUUCUAUGAAACCUUAGAGGUAAGGACUGCAUAUUUGUAUUGCAUAAUACAUUUAUUGUAUCCUCAUAUGUUAUGAAAUGACAAGAACGGUUAAAACUUGCAUCCACCUAAUGUGGCACUCUUGGCGUUAUGUCGUGCUACAAACUUUCAUCAUUUUGUCCAACAUGCUAACAACCUUGGAUUAUCACAAACACAUAAUGUAAAAAACGACCAACUAUGCACUCCAUAGCUCACGGAGCGGAAACGUCAACAUUGAAACUCUUUACGGUGGCCAAUUUACGUUAGAAACUCGGUUGAUGAUACCAAACAGCCGGCUAUGUAUACUUUGCACUAUAGUUAUCAGUUAUUAAAACCGAAUAUCAUGCAAAAUUCGAUUGUCACAUCUGAAUUUGAUUUCAGUCUUUUUUCUCCUUUUUCAGAUUGAGCAAUAUUUAUCGCUGUCAAAGGACAUUAAAAUUAGAAUCACCCCAAACGAAAUGUAUAGAAUUCAUGAACUAAUUCUCAAGCAUAAAGAGGAGCUGGUGAGUUUGCUUUAUCAUUACGUGAUACUUCAUGACAGUGGUAAGCAUGGAGUUAUUGUUAUUUUUUCUAUCUCCCCUUCGUGUUAUUUUGACAUUUAGCAUCGUGAAAAAUUCAAGGACAAACGUUCUCUUUAGACCUUCAUAAAAUUUCAAACAAGAAAACUGUAACUACAUAGAUAAAUAGAUAAGAACGAACAGACGACUGAUAGUCCUUUCUCCUUUAUUAGAUGCAUAAUAAUUAUUACGGAAACAAUUCGUAAUUAGUACUCGGCCAAAGUUGAAAAUCUGUAGAGAGACGGGAAAAAGUUAAAGUUUGAUAAGGAUGGCUUAAGAUUGUAAAUGAGUUCCAAAAAAGAAAGACAAUUUUCAAUUAAGUGUCAAAAAACAAAACCAGAUUAAUCGCAACUACAAAUCAGAGCGAAGAUGAACAUCACCAUCAGCCAAUAAAAACUCAAAGUGAAAACAGGCAACCUGCUUGAAGCGCGGGAAAACGCUAGUGACCAAGUUAGGAUUGUUUUAGUUUUGCAUUUGAUUGGUUGAAUGAAUCAAACUGACCAAUCACAGGGCGAAGUAAAGCAAAACUAAAGCAAGGAUCGAGGAUCGUCGAGGAUCAGCUUCGAUAGUCAAUCGAAAACUUCGCUGUAGUUUGGUAAGAUAGAAAACACCAAAGAAACCAUCAUAAACAAAAAGGAACAAGAAUGGCCAAAGAUGAAAAAAUUGACUGGGUGGGAAAAUGACCAAUAGGGAAAAUUUUAGUUCCAAUGCCCAAGAUUCAUCAGCUGUAGGGGAGCACUUAACAUUAUCUCACACAGACCCCUAACAGACAAUUUUUUCUCUGUCCAGGCCCUAACUGAAGAUGAUCCACUGCACAUAAUUUUAGAUGAGUUAGGACCCCCUGGAAAACAGUUGAGUUACAGUAUGAAUGCUACAAUUUGCCUGACUCUCACUAACAGGUGGGAUCACAGCAAAGGUAUGUUGCACUGUGGGUUGGGUGGGUCGGGGGCUUAUUUCCACGUAUUGCAGCAGUUCGCGCUUUAGUAAUUUUUUCGUUACCAAAAUAUCAUUUAUUGUCAAAUUGACCCAUUGAAUACCCAGUUUGUUUAAGUUUAUUGGCUUAUUGUCGGAGAUAUUUCCGUAGUCAAAAACAUUUUGCUUCCUAAAGUGGCUCUCCCCACCCACGAGUAUCAAUGGGCACCGGCGAAUUGUUGGGGAGCCCUGAUGAAAUGUUGGCUGGUAACGUUGCCGUGGACUAGCAUCCAGCAUUCCGUCCAGGGGGGAGUAUUGAUACUCCUAAUUGCUUCGUGCUAGGAAUCUGGGAUAAGCUCCGGCUGGGUGGGCAGGCCAUUUGGCUCUGGUACAGACUUUACCUCUUUACUUUUGCUAACCAGAGAUAUGGCAGGUGGUGAUAACAUUUAGAUGCCUUUAUCCCAACUGCAAUUUUGAUGAAAAAAACUCAGCUUUUUGAACGUUGUAGGCCUUGAUCUUAUUUCCUUAAGUUUUUAUCUUUCUUUUUUUGCGCUCUCUUGUUUUUGCUGCCCUUCGCUUAAGAUAAUAGUUGAACAUGUUAAUUCAACAAUUUUGUUCGGUUGUUUAUUUUUUUUGGUUUUUUUGGUUUUUUCCUUUUUUUUUUUUCAGUUCUUAGAAGUGAAUCUUUCGAAAUGUUGGUUCCAAUUAAACCUCCAAUCGAAGAGAGAUCCACGAAAGAAGAGUUAAAAACACUCAGUGUGAAACUUUUUUCUCUGGUAAGUGGGCUUCAGUUUUAAAAAAAUGUGAGCUUUCCACAGGCAUCCCACUUUUGUUCCGUUUGUGGUGGGCUUGCUAUUUAGGCCGGAUCUAAUCUUUUAUUUUCACUGUUGCAGGAUGUGAAAUUUAUGGAAGAAAGAUCCCUGGUCAGUGCCCUCAAGCUAGCUAAGUCUAGUGUUGCUCCCUCUGAAGGAGAAACCAGUGAAUCGCGAUUCAGGAGAGAACAGGCAGCCAAACUCGCUGAUUGCAUAUUGCAGACAUACAAACAGUAUCGGGAAGAAAGCGACAAGCUCAUUAAAGAUCCAGAUUUCCUACAGGAAGUGAAGCAGGUUUGUUUCAAAUUAUUAAAUGGGUUGUUUGUUGGAUAUAGGGCUGGGCGAGUAGCAAUAAUUGAGGUGAUGGCUUGUGUAGCCAGGUCUCGUUUAAAUUGUGUUCUUGGUUUAAAACAUAUCAAACUGAACCAGUUUGAGAUUUUUAGUUUCCUAAGUCUCCAAUUGGUUAUUAUAAUAUGAAGCAAUGGGAAAUGACUUGGAGGAUUUUAAUCCACGAAAGAGAUGAGCCAGAACAGCUACAAUGGAUAAGUAACGCUUUAGAACAAUUUUCAAUCGAGUGUCCAAAGUAAUCCUGGAUUGCGUAGGCUGUGGCGUUUUCUCCUGCUUCAAGUAGUUUACUUGCUUGCACUUUGCGUUCUCGUUGGCUAAUGAUAGUGAAAACCUUUGUUCUGAUUGGUCCAGAUAUUUCGCGCCAUCGUUUUAACCUAUCAGAUGCAAUAAUAAAAACUGUGGUGUUUCCUCGAGCUUCAAGCAGUUUGCUUGCUUGCACUUUGCGUUCUCAGUGGCUAAUGAUAAUGAAAAGCUUUGUUCUGAUUGGUUCAGAUAUUUCGCGCCAUCUUUUUAACCACUCAGAUGCAAAAAUAAAAACUGUGGCGUUUCGCUUGCUAGCACUUUGAGUUCUCAUUGGCCAAUGAUAAUGAAAACCUUUGCUCUGUUUGGUCCACAUAUUUUUCGCCAUCGUUUAAACCAAUCAGAUGCAAAAAUAAAAACGGUGGUGUUUUGCGUGCUUGCACUUUGAGUUCUCAUUGGCAAAUGAUAAUGUGAAUCUUUGUUCUGAUUGGUCACUGAGAUUUCUUUAGUUUUGGUUUUCCGAAACUCGAUGAAAACUGGUCCAUUAGGCUCAAGUGUUUUUGCGGAACAAGUGACUUGUUACAGUUACUUAUUAAAAGCGAUUCCAAUAAGACGAAAAAACUGCAGUGUGCUAAACGAAUGGUCAACUCGAAUUCUUUUUCUGUUGCAGGAGGUCCAGCACAAGGUGUUGAGGUAUUUUAGACUGAAGCCCAAAGUCAACAGUCUAAGAGAAGUAUACGGGGUAAGUUCUCUUACGUGGUGUGAUUAACCCUUUAACUCACAUAACUGUGACCAACACAGAAUUUUUCCUUACAAUAUCAAUACAUAAUCAACUAGACAAGUGAGGAGAACGAAUAAAAAUUAUUAAUAACAGGAUUAUUAAUUGAUCCAAUACCAAAUUCUCCGAGCUAACAUCUUGAGAAUUGUAUGGAAGAAUAUAGGGAGAGUUAUUAUUGAGGUCUUGGAAGUGAAAAGGAUAAACUCACAAGACACGUAAAAGCAGGAGAACGUAUAAGAAAGAUGCUCUUGCAUUUGCUCUACAAUAUUAAGUAGCAUGUCUUCCGCGAGCCGCAAAACCGUGAUCGUGUAACCUUUGCUGGGUUAUUUCUGUUUGGGUGUGGAAUUUUUUUUUUUAGUUUUAAUUGCUCAACCCUUUUUGAAAAAAAGGUGAUACUAACUUCACCAAAAUGAUUCACUUUUCAGACUCUCCUCCAGCAAGAGUCUUAUCUGAAGGAUCAAUUGAGUGUUUACAAAGGUUUGUUUUCUUUCAAAUAUGAAAUAUGAAAUUUUCUGUUUAAAAUUAAUCUCUCUUUCUCUUUUUGUUUUUGGGUUGUAGAAUAUUUGGCUGCAGUAAGAGCCAAGGCAGUCACGGGUUCAUCAAAGGUAACUGCGGUCAUUUUAUAUCCUCCGUCUCUCCUUCGUAAACAAAUCAAAGUUUCAUAAAUUGUUAGAAACUUGUAGCUCGAAAAACGACAAAUCUAUUGUAUUGCUUCCGAGUGCAUCGUACGGUCACUUGUUAUGACUACCUGAACAAAGUUUGUUUAUAAUACCCCUCCUCAAAACCAACAUUAACCCUACCUUGUUAUCAGUCGACUGUUGUUGGGUAAGGGAAGAGCAAGUGCGCUGUUGCUUAGCUGCUGACAUUGAUCCAAUUUUUAGCCACGUGGCGCGGCAUCAUAAACCAGUAGCAUGUGAAAGCGCUUAUGGACUGUGAUUGCAAUUGAAGUACAAUGUCGCGCACCAUUGCGGCUUUCAAAGAAAUGCUACUGUGGAGUUACUCUGACAGUAGAUAGUUUAGUUAUUUAGGCAUAACUUCUUUGUCCUGCAAUGGUUUUGGCAAGAAGAAGAAGACAUCUUGGUAGAUAAAUUGAAGCUGCGUUUUUGCUGUGUGUCUUGUGUAUUCUAGAGAGAGGUGAAUUAUGGGUAUGCCUCGGAAAGUGGUAACGCUCCUAUUAGCUUCAGUUACAGUCAGCUAGAAAAGGAAGGAGUGGCUGUAGAAGGUCAAAAAUUUCCCGAUAAGAGGUACGGUUCAUUGACGUUGAUAUAAUUUAAUGAUGCACGGCCGUCAUACGUUAGGCAUGCGCAAAUGGAUCAAUUUUGGCCGGUUGCGUACCAAUUUCUCGCGGAAGGUAUGACAAGAAAUACAAAGGAACAACCGGUAUCGCGCAAGAUUCUUGCUAAAAUGAAACCUUCCCGGAAAUCUGUGAAAGGGAAAGAAAUAGUAGACUUUUUGAGCACCUAACUAAUUGGAUUGUAGGUAUUCUGUAUAUCUCAGAUAAACAGAAUACCUACCAUCAAAUAAGUUCUUAUUUUAGCUCUGCCAAAAGAAAACUACACGAUUUUAAAAAACGGUGAUCUUCAAGGUUUGUGUUGACUUUAAGUCCUGUGCGACAAUUUGGCUGAAAGCUGACAAAGUCAGGCUUCGUAAACAUUCGAAAACAUGUGCGACGUUUGACUCGCUGUGUUUUGUGAAGCAGGUGGCUAAGAGAUCAGUUUUGAAAAUUUUAAAUUGGGUGUUUGUCGUGAUAGGACACUAAAUGUUUAGGCUAAGCCAACGCAGAAUUACAUUUAGUCACGAGAAGUACAUGUACCUUCCCGAUCCUGGGAGUGAAAGGGUGUAAUCAUCGAAUGGGUAUUAUUUAUGUAUUCAUCAUCUUGUUUGCUUUUUGCCUCUAUUUAUUGAUUUAAUAAUCAUUACAAAUUCUUUUCCUUUGAACAGAAAAUCGGAAUUAGUAGUUCGUAUCACUUCGUCGCAGCCUGGUGUCUACCAAGUGUGCCUUCACAAUACAGGUGAUGCAAAAUAUCACUCUAGUGAUUGCCCUUUUUCUAGGCCUCUCCAUAGCGUAUUUCGUAUUUCAAAGUUGUCACGAUGGCCUGUCGAAGUCACGGACAAUGUCACAGAGAGUCAGUGAGAACUCUAAGUAAUCCAACUAACUGGCUAAAGCGCGGGAAAACGCGGGUGAAUUACCAAGUUGCGAUUGGUCUUAGUUCUGCAUCUGAUUGGUCGAGAAGUUGACACGGCGCGAGUUUUUUUUAACCAAUCAAAGAGCGAAGUAAACCAAAACUAAUUGAAUACCGGAUCUUCUUACGGUACUCAGUGAUUUGAAUAGCACUUUACCUGUACCAGUCAGCUGUACUUUGACUGUAGUAUUUCACGUCAUUUUUGACUGUUUUGUUUUCUUUUUGUAGGUGACUCGAGUGCGAGUUGCGAGGUUCACUUAAAUUUAGAAGAGUUGUUAGAACUGCAACACCGACGCGAACAGGUAGGUCCUUUGUGCUGUUUAUAAGUAGCUUAACAUUAAAAUCAUAAGACGAUUGAAACUCCUCGGCUACAUCAGCAGUAUCAGCCCUUCUAGUCUCCGCUCCUUUUCAAGGAUUUUCCACUCCUUUUUUAACGUCCUUCGACAUCCCACGCUUGCAUGACGGUCGGUUUCCCACGCUUUGCGUUCUUUUUUCCGCGCUUUGCGUUCUUUUUCCCGCUCUUUUUUCCGCUUCCAUCUGCCGGGUGACAUUUUCCGUUCGGCUUACUGAAAUAUGACAAUUAGCUUCAGAGGAGGAAUUUUUUGAUCUCUGUUAAAUAGGAAUAUUCACACUAAUUUGCUGAUCAAGAAAAUCCGAUUAAAAGAAAGGAAAAGAAAACCUUUCCAGUGAUAUAAUGCGUUAGGUAAACAGUUUCAGCAAGAUGACUGAAAAGUCAUACAGGCUUCCUCUUCUUUUGAAGAGAAAGUGACGGUAAUUUCGGGUCUCUUGCGGGUGUUUGCCGGAUUUUUCAAUCGUUUGGGCUACAAGUCCCUCUAGUAAUGAAUGGCUCCACUUUAAAAUGCCUCUUCACCGUUUUACUUUCACAAUAAGCCAAAUGAUAGUCAAGAAAUUCGCCAUCAUGUGAAUUCGUAAUGGCGUCCUUAUCUAACCAGGUUUGAGGACAUAAUACGCUUCUGAAUUCUCCUUUAACAAGUUUAUAGUCACUUGGAGAAAUGCGUAAAUCUAAAAUUGUAUUAAGGAAAAUGCGACCAGCCAGCUAUAAAUUAUUUUUGCAAAGCUCAGGCGUCAAAAUUUAUGUACUUCUUUCACUGUAUUUCCUUGUUUUAUUUUCGUUUGAUUUUUUCGGAGUUGCUUCCGUUUGCAAGCUGUCCGUCGUUGUGCAUUGUUUAUUAAUAGAUGGUUACGUGAAAUAAUAGAAGCCACACAAAACAGUGUUUCAAAGUCUUUUUGAAGCCGCUUGUAAAUAAACCCAGACACCAAGAGGUCAGUCCCAUUGUGUGGUUCAGACAAUACCCGUUUUUCUUUGGGACCUUAAAAGGUUUCGAGGCGUUCCUUUGAAUACUCUCGUCAGGGGAUGUCCGUAAACAGAAACCGCUGCUUUAUUCAAAUGGAAAUAUGGCUGAUAUAGACUGGGUUAAAAUUGCGUGACUGGGUGCGUACACAAAGCAACACAAUUUCCGCCUCGUACGUGUGGCGAAGGACUCUAAGCCCACUUUAUUGCAGUCGCGUGCUUCAGGAUAUCCGCUCUUGUGAUAAUUCAGGAAGCAAGAAGAUUAACUACCUUCAAUCUGAUAUUUUUGCUAAUGUGUGUCUCUCAAACCAUCAGUGGAUUAGUCUGUGUCAUUUAGCAGACGAGGAAAUAUUUAACUUACGUCCGUUUGGCGAGUAACAAAAACAACGGAUCACCAUAAAUAUCGACUGGAAUUUUUGCCACUUAACUAGGUUCGCUUUUUUCUAAGUUGUUCUAGGUUAACAGAAGAAAAAAAAAUCAAGAAAAACAACCAAUCCAAUUUCUGUUGCUCGUACUGAAAAUUACUUUGGAGUUUUGCACACGCAAAAUUUUUGUGCUGUCAUAAAUUGGUGCUUCCCACCCACGUUGCAAUGAUUUUAAACGCGUUAAUAUUGACUUCUUAAUGGAUCUCAAACUGUGUGAGAGAUACUAUUUAAGGGAUUUUUACCGUGUUUUUAUUCUCGCUACUUUGCAUCUGCUGAUGACACCCUUUGUGUCUUGGGCCGUGUUUUUAAUAUUGCACUAUACGCCCUUGGGGAAGACAGGAUAUUUGAACCUAGAUGGACAGAGGGCAACAACUGACGCAAAUGCCGGGGAGAUUUUAGCCACGUCAUGCUAACAAGCUUUGCUCUGAGUCGCUUUGUAGGCGAAAAUAAUUACCUUCGGAUCCAACUAGAAAUCUCUGGCAUCUAUUGUAUCUAAAGAUGCACGAAAGCAUCAGAGGAUGAAUAAUUUUGAUAGACUUGGAAGAUUGAUGAUGAACUUGAAAAAUAGGCGUAGUCUCACAGUCGUUUCUUAGGAAGUGUUUUUUUGGCUCCCUGAAGAGCAAAACUAGGCAAGCAAUUUAUAAAACUUACAUGAGUCAGACCCAUUCGUAACAGCACAGUACCAGCCUGUGUUUAUUCUCUGGUGUGGCAACAACUGGAAAGUCAAAUUGUUGACGUCAGUGUUUGUAAAAGUAGACACGAGUUAUUUUUGAGAUUUUUCACCAUGUAGAGUGCACUUGGAAUGUUUAAAGAUGUCUAUCAGUGUCAUUUUCGCGAAGAGAAGAAGUUGCAUGCAAGGUUUGUAGGUUAGGGCUCGUUUGUUUUAAAACUGAAUUCGUGAAAUGUUUUUGGUAAAUACCCAAGGUACAUCUGCUCAUGUGCGUUACUUAUGAUGGCCUGAUCUGUGCCUAGUGUAGAGUACAAUUACCUUCAGCACAUCUCACAGAAGACGUGAAGGAAGUUGGUGCGGCAACAUGUCUCUGUUUUUAUUUUUUUCUGUAGGUGGUCGUCUUUUGCGUCAAAUUUGCUAGACUGGUGGCUAAGAAUAGAAUGCAGCCUAAAUAAAUCAAAGAAAUUGCUGUUUCGUAUUUACACAGUAUCGCUUAUCAUGCAGACGUAUUGAUACCAAACAAUGAAAGAAAAAUUGUUAUUAUGAGUGGCAAAGCUGAGAAAUGGUGA